GGUCACAGCCAUGAGUCAUUUGGAUAUUCUUUUUGGGCCAUAAUAAGGUAACCGGUUGUGCGGUGUCCACUUGAUGAAGUCAGCAGAUCACAGGUAGCAUAUAGUUAUUGUAUGCUUCUACUGUGCUGAGAGUCACACACGGACUCUCGGAUAAUCAUGGCAGUGUCAGCAGAUCACAUCCGGGAGAAGCUUAUUAAGGAGCUCGAGGCAGUGCAUGUGGACGUAGAGGACACCUCUCCGGAAAGAUGUGCAGCCAGCUUCAAAGUCCUGGUGGUGUCGGCGCAGUUUGAGGGGAAAUCACUGUUACAGAGACACAGGAUGGUGAACAUGUGUCUAGCAGAAGAGCUGAAGACAAUCCAUGCAUUUGAACAGAAGACCCUCACACCAGAACACUGGGACAAGAUGAAGCAACAGUGACACAUUUCCACCUGCUUCAGUUUGCUUCUUGUUUUUGGAUUAUGUGAAAAGGUUCAACUGCUCCAACUAUCUUAUUUCUCCAUCUGUCCCACUGAUACAAAUCUACUGCAAAUGAAAAUAAAACACUUUCCUUCCUUUUUCUGCA